UUGCUUGUUUCAGGGGAAUGGAAUUCACUGUUGGAGUAUGAGAGAGAGAGAGAGAGUGGAAAGGGGGGGAGAGAGAGAAAGAGGGAGUGCAUCUGAAUGAACUCAGAAGUUCUUAGCUGCGGCGGUUAUGUGCUGAAAGUGGAGAGAUGCUGCAGACAGGACGGGAUUGUUUUUGUGUCGCGUCAAAGCAGAAGAAGUGAAAGUCUUCUGAAAGCUCCUCGUGAUUCUGUUGGCUGACAUUCAGAAACCUUUUGUGAAGCCUCGGCUAGUCGAGGGACUUUACCCACGAGCCUGUAGUCGGUGGAGAUGCAGUAACUGUAGUUCCUGGUGAUCGCUGUUGGCUUGUUAGCUCCUUGACAUUUCUUGACACCUCACAGUCGGUGAGAACGAGAUGGACUUUCUAACGGACCCCAACGUCAUGACGCCCAUCCUGGUGGUGACUUUUCACUUGUUGACAGCGGCUGGAUUUUGUUUUUUCCGUCGCCGCCGUCGCCGGCCACCCGGUUUUGAACCAGAUGAGCGGGACAGGGUGCAGAAGAAAACCUUCACGAAGUGGGUCAACAAGCAUCUCAUCAAGGUGAGGAAGCACAUCACAGACCUGUACGAGGACCUGAGGGAUGGACACAACCUGAUUUCCUUGCUGGAGGUCCUCUCUGGAGUCACCCUGCCCAGAGAAAAGGGACGCAUGAGAUUUCAUCGACUGCAGAAUGUCCAAAUAGCGCUGGACUUCCUCAAACAGAGACAGGUCAAACUUGUGAACAUCAGGAACGAUGACAUCACCGACGGGAACCCCAAGCUGACGUUAGGUCUCAUCUGGACCAUCAUCCUUCACUUCCAGAUUUCCGAGAUCUACGUGAGCGGCGAGUCGGGCGACCUCACGGCCAAAGAGAAGCUGUUGCUAUGGAGCCAGCAGGCGACGGAAGGCUACCCCGGCCUCCGCUGCACCAACUUCACCUCAUCCUGGAGCGACGGACGCAUGUUCAACGCUCUGCUGCACAGAUACAGGCCAGACCUGAUCGACAUGGAGGCGUUGUCGCGGCAGAGUAACCGGGAGAACCUCGAGCAGGCCUUCGAGAUCGCCGAGUCGCUAGGGGUGACCAGUCUGCUGGACGCUGAGGACGUUGAUGUUCCAUCUCCAGACGAGAAGUCGGUCAUCACCUACGUCUCCUCCAUCUAUGAUGCCUUCCCCAAAAUCCCAGAGGGAGGAGAGGGCAUCGCCGCACAGGAGGUGGACCAGCGCUGGUCGGAGUACCAGUCCAGGUUCUCCUCUCUGCUCCAGUGGAGCCGCCAGCAUACGGCCCUCAUGGCCAACAAGAACUUCCCACAAAACCCUGUGGAACUCAAGGCACUUUACAACGAGUACGUCCAUUUCAAAGAGACGGAGAUCCCCGCCAAGGAGGUCGAGAAAGGUCACAUCCAACACCUCUACAAACUAAUGGAGGUAUGGAUAGAGUUCGGACGUAUCAAGCUCCCUCAGGGCCUCCAUCCCAACGACCUCGAGGAGGAGUGGGGAAAACUCAUCUUGGAGAUGCUGGAGAGAGAGAAGGCUCUACGGCCGGCUGUGGAGCGGCUAGAACUGCUGCUCCAGAGGGCUAAUAAGAUCCAGAACAUGGCUCUGGACGGUGAGGAGAAGCUCACCCUCGCUAAGAACACACUCCAGGCUGACAUGUCUCGAGUGGAGAGCGGCGAGGCGGUGCAGUGUGAGAGGGAGCUGGCGUGCUACCUGCAGGACUGCGAGUCUCUCAUCAGACAACUCAACCAGGAGCUCAAGGUCCUCCAUAAUGAGAAGUACUACCAGGUGGAGCAGCUGGUGUUCCGAGUGUCUUGCCUUCAAGAGGAGCUGGUCUCCCUCAGACUGCAGUGCUCCAGCGUCUACAGGAAGGGCCACUUCUCCCAGGCCCUGGGCACCAUUGGGGCAGAGCAGCCCAGCCAGAGAGCCACGGACGGCGGCCCGACGCUGGGCCAGACCCUGCUGGGGGCCGUGGGGGCCGUCGGUGCCGCGCUCCUGCGGCGGCCCACGGCUCGCUCCCAGCUGGUGGCCAUGUCGUCAUCGGAGGACGAAGGGAGCCUGAGGUUCAUCUACGAGCUGCUCGGAUGGGUGGAGGAGACGCAGGACCUUUUGGAGCGAGCCGAAUGGGGCGCCGACCUCCCCUCCGUGGAAAACAACCUCCAAGAGCACAACGCCGUAAACACCGCCAUCGAGGAGCUCAUGCGCAGCCUGCAGGAGGCACGCAGCUACGAGGCUAGAGUGUCUCCCAACUUCAAGAGCAGUUACUCUGAAACCCUGGCCAAGCUGGAGCACCAGUACUGCAAACUACUGGAACAUUCGUCAUGGCGCCUGCGGAGCUUGGAGAGCCUGCACGCAUUCGUGUCGCACUGCACCGAGGAGCUGAUCUGGCUCAACGAGAGGGAGGAGGAGGAGAUCGCCUUCGACUGGAGCGACAACAACGCCGGCAUGAACGCCAAGAGAGACUUAUACAGCGAAAUGAGGUUGGAGCUGGACGAGAAACAAGAUGUGAUGCGGUCGCUCCAGGAAACGGCCAACCGCCUGUGUCUGGAGAACCACCCAGCCAAACAGACUGUGGAGGCGUACAGCGCGGCCCUGCAGACUCAGGGGCAGUGGGUGAACCAGCUCUGCGUGUGCGUGGAGCAGCAUCUCAAGGACAACACGGCGUACUUCCAGUUCAUGGGGGAUGCUCGGGACUGCGAGUCGUACCUGCGCCAGCUCCAGGAAACCAUCAAGAGACAGUACACCUGUGACAAGAACAGCAGACUGAGCAAACUGGAGGACCUGCUGCAGGACUCAAUGGAGGAGAAGGAGCAGCUGAUCGUGUACCGGAGCACGGUGGCGAGCCUGGUGGGCCGGGCCAAGGCGGUGGUGCAGCUCCGGCCCCGCAACGCAGAGAGCACCCUGGGGGCCACAACGCCCAUCAGAGCCAUCUGCGACUACAGACAGAUAGAGAUCACGAUAACCCGCGGCGAGGAGUGUGUGCUGGAGGACAACUCUCAGAGGACCAAGUGGAAGGUGAUCAGCACGACGGGGAACGAGGCCAUGGUCCCCUCAGUGUGUUUCACCGUCCCACCUCCCAACCAGGAGGCCAUGGACACAGCCAGCAGGGCAGAGCAGCUGUACCAGAAGGUCAUGUCUCUGUGGCAUGAGCUGCAUGUGAACAUGAAGAGUGUGGUGUCCUGGCACUACCUGCUCAAAGACAUCAGGACCGUCUCCGGAUGGAACCUGGACACGGUUCGCUGUCAGGCCCCGGCGGAGCGGCAGCAGGUCCUGGAUCACCUGGAGUCCCAGCUGGCCGACUUCCUGUCCGACAGCAAAGAGAGCUCCGUGUUCACGGCGAGCGAGAGACGAGAGCUGGAGAAGGACGUCCAGCAGGCCCAGCAGCACUGCGAGGACCUGCUGCUCAACAUGGAGACCGUGGAGAAGGACGAGUCGGUCUCCCGUUCGUACCUGUCGGAACUGCAGAACAUUACACUUCGUUUAAAUGAGGCCGAGCAGAUUCUGAUGAAGGGGAUUCAGACUCCGCCCCCAAGCCGGCUGUCAGGUGACAGCGCUGACAACACUGUCCAGAUAGCGGAGCAGGAGAAGCUGCAGACGGAGCUGGAUGGCGUGCGCUCCAGCCUUGGCGACGUUUCUCGCCGCUGCGUCAGUUUCUUCGAGGAGAAGCCGACGUCCUCCAGCAUUCCCGGCCUCCGGUCGGAACUCAACCAGGCGGUGGAGAAGACGGACAAACUGCACAACCUCUCCACCGUCUACCUGGAAAAGUUAAAAAUGGUGGACAUCCUGAUGCGCAGCCUGGAUGAAGCAGAGAGCCAGGUCAGGAAGAACGAGAGCAGGCUAAGUGAAGAGGACAUCGUUCCUGCUGACACGGCGAACAUUCAAGGCCUCAGAGAUCAACUCGGGAGGUGGCAGGCUGAACUAUUCGAGCAGGAGGGCGUCUUCCAGGCUCUGCAGUCGGAGGUGGGUCGGGCCAAAGAGGCGGGCUCCCAGCUCAGCAGGCUCCACCCAGACCGCAGCGCCGAGCUGGAGCGCUACCAGGAGAGAGCCAAUCAGAUGGCGGAGAGGUGGAGCGGAGUCAAGAGACAGAUGGAGACACGACGGACCGAUCUAGAAGCCCUGGGCUCGGCCCUGCAGCAGUACAGAGGCGGCCAUUCGGCUCUGAUCAGCUGGAUCGAAGAAACGACAGAGAGACAGGAGAACACACAACCCGGACAGACGGACAGCAAAGCGCUGUCCGAACAGCUGGCCCAGCAGACGGCAUUAGUAUCUGAGAUUGAACAGAAUCAGGCCAAACUAGACGAGUGCCAGACUCACUCCAAACUGUACUGCACCUCAGUGAAGGACUACGAGCUGCAGCUGAUGACCUACAGAGCCUUUGUAGAAACUACGCACAAGUCGCCUAUCAAAAGGAGGAGGAUGCACUCUUCCUCUGACGCCAUCACUCAGGAGUUCAUGGACUUGCGCACGCGCUACACAGCCUUGGUCACCUUGACAACCCAACACGUAAAGUACAUCAGCGAUGCACUGAGAAGACUAGAAGAGGAAGAGAAAGAGGUGGAGGAGGAGAAGCAGGCCAGGGUGGGGCAUGUUUCAGACCUGCUGGGCUGGGUCAAAGGCCUGCAGGGACGGACCAGGGGCCCCAACGCAGAGUCCUCACUUGCUGCUCAACAGGCAAUUAGUGAACAGCUGGCAGCCAAGAAGGAUGAAGUGGCUGAAGCCAUCAGGAGCACUCAGGUCUUCCUGCAGUCAAAACAGGCCAGCAAGUUGUCCCCAGAGGAGCGUGCUCAUGUCGAGGCUCAGCUGGACGGGCUGACGGCCACCUACAACCAGAUGUGUGAUAGCUCCACCCAGCAGCUGCAGCAGCUGGAGCAGCAACUGGCCAAAGAGGAGGAAAGAAAGAAACAAAUUGCCAUUGCCGGAGUAAUUGACCUGGGAACAGUGGAAACAUUCCCAGUGUUCAAAGCAGCUCAACGUGGUCUUAUUGAUCAGGAUACCUGCCAUGUACUACUGGAGGUCCAGCUCAUUAUGGGUGGGCUCCUCCAGUCUGACUCCCCUCUCAAUCUUUCACUGGAACAAGGUCUAGCUCAAGGCCUUAUUGACACCCACACUAGACAGUCCCUUUCCGAGCUAGAGAGAGCCUUGCUUUUGGUGGAAAAUUCUAAGUCUAUCAAUGACCAACAACAAAAUGUGUUGCCAGUAGCUGCAGCAAUGGAGUUCGGGCUCAUUAGAGAAGAGGUGGGACUUCGCAUUUUAGAACUCCAGAUGAACACUGGAGGCCUGAGGAGCUCAAUUGGACACAUGAGUUUGGAGCAAGCCGAUGUCAAGAAACUUUUGACUCCCAGAAUCCUCAACAAGCUGCAGUCAAGGCAACCACAAAAAGAGCUGAUCGAUCCAAAUACAGCUGAAAAAUUAAACCUACACGAGCUACAAGAGCGCUGUGUCCUCGACGAUGACUCCGGUCUUCUUCUCCUUGCUGUCAAACAGCAACCCGGAGGAACUGUCUGCCUCCGGUCUGGAAGAAAGGUUGGCAUAUUCCGCGCAGUCCAGGAAGGUCUGAUUGAUCGAAAAGUUACUGUACGACUUCUUGAAGCCCAGCUCUUUGCCGGUGGUAUUGCUGACCCACGAUCUGGCCACCGGUUGACAGUCCAUGAGGCUGUUCGUCAUGGGCUUAUGGACCAGGAUCUAGCCUCGGCCAUGUUAGCGCGACAGCUGCAACAUGGGGGAAUUCUAGACCCUUUCAGUGGAGAACGCCUGGAUUUGGAAGAGAGCAUACGCAGGGAUCUUCUCUCUCCUAAUUUGGCUCUGUUGGUCCUUGAGUCUCUUUGGGCUUUCAUGGGAAUACUCUGGCCUCAAUCUGGAGAACUCCUGCCCAUUGCUGAGGCUCUUCAACAAGGAGUGAUCUCAGGUGAGCUUUCAAGGAACAUACUGAGGCAGCGACAUGCCAUUGGGGCUUUGUACAACCCAGAAACCCUCAAGGUGCUUCCCCUAAACCAGGCUGCUGAAGAGGCCCUCAAGCCCAGUGUUGUCAGUUGUUUAAAGAACACUCACAUCCCAGAUCUUCUUUCCAGCAUGAACCAGUCAGGUACCGCAUCUCUAAAUCGCUUUAGCUGGGGUUCUACCAGCACCUCUCCCUCUCCAUCCUCUCCAUCGACUUCAUCAUCUCCCGCAGGCCUUUGGGAUGCAACACCACCAAAUGCAAUGGAUCCUAAAGAGCAAGCAAAACACAAGCUGCUGUUUCACCUCAUGACUCAUAGCUAUGUGGAUGUGCAUUCCGGAAAGAGAUUGGUCCUGCUCGACCCUGACUUAGGGGAGUUGGUCAAAGCUACUGAACUGAUUGCUGGAGCCUCUGGAAGUCAAGUUGAGCCACAAAGCAGUUUGACCACAGGUGAGCAGGGAGGGUUGCAAAUGGUGAGAGAGUUUAGUUUGGCAGAUGUAGGGAUAAGUGACACACAAACAGAGGUUAAAGAAGAAAGUUCCGAUGUAGUAGUCACACCAAAUAAAGAAGUGAAGAGGAAUGGUACAGGUAGUCUAGAAGAAGGGUAUGAUGAAGAAAAUGACACCAAACUUCUGCACAAACCAUCAGUAACUCCUGAGAGGGAUUUAGCCUUUGAAGCGAACAAUGACAUGUGUGUAGAUAAAGAUGUUAAAGAAAAAGCUCAAAAGAAAGAAAUAUUCCUUAAUGAAAGUUUAAUGGCUUCAGCUAAAAGUCUUAAAGGCCCAAAUGAACUGGUAGCAACUGAAUUUAAAUCCAGGGAUAGUGGUGGCCAGCAGGGGACUAUAAGUACAACCACAACAAAAGAAAGAAAAAAUGCUACGAAACCUUUCAAAUCCAUCCCACUGGGUGCAAAAGCAACUGAAGAUGGUAAAUCAAAACAAUCUGACGAUAGGAAAGAUGUAAAGCAUUCCCAUACUGAAUUAGAAAGGACCAAACAAAAGGUGCCUAUGACGGAGACUGACUUGAAGCAUGCUAAACCUAAGAUUGAUAUCCGUGACUCAGCAGUGCAAAAGGAAGGGGAGGAUGCUGAAUUGGCAAAGCUAGUCCUAGAGCUCAAACAGGGAGGUCUGAUGACAGAGGAAGGGGAAAAGCUGCUCCCAGAUGAGGCAGUGGCUCAAGGUGUCCUUCCUGGCCACACAGCAGUUAAAUUAAUGGCUCAAUCUGGUCUGUUUGGGGGUUUCCUAGAUGCGAGCAGCGGGGAGUCACUUAGCAUGGAGGAUGUUAUGCAGGAGGGUUUACUGGAUGAAGAUCUAAUGUGGAGUGUCCUGAAGUCUGAUAAAAUGCUUGCAGGGGUUAUGGAUGUAGAAAAAAAGCAGAUCUGUGGGGUAAGGGAGGCUGCUCAGGCAGGGUUGAUCGACCCCAACACCGCUGCUCGAUUGUUGGAAGCCCAGGUGGCGUCUGGGGGGAUUGUUGACCUACGUAGAGAUAAGAAAGUCUCUGUCACCCUAGCAGCAAACCUGGGAUUGAUUGAGGAGGAUCAAAGAGAAGAACUUGUGGCACUAGAGAAGGCAUACAAAGGAAAGGAUACAGAUUCAGCAACAGCCCUCACUAAAGCCAAUUUACAGCUACAGAUGGAAGGUGUUAUUGACCCAGAGUCCAAGUCUCCACUUCCUCUGGAGCAAGCUAUUCAGAAAGGGUUGAUUAGAUCUGAAGAGGCUUAUCAGGUGUUGGCAAGACAGGUGGCUGAGGGUGGUAUAAUACAUCAUGCUUCAGGGAUGAGGCUGUCAGUUCCUGAUGCUGUAGAUAGAGGACUAGUGGAUCGGUCCAUUGCGCCUGGGCUGGAAGAACUAGAGUGGAUCUACCAAGGAAAAGUCAACCCUUCAUCUCACCCAGAAGCUGUCGUUUUCCAGGCAUCAACCGGAGCCAUUUUAGACCCUGACUCUGGAUGUAAACUGACAUUGACACAGGCAGUUUCUAGGGGUCUUCUGGAUGAGAAUGUUGCCAGUGAUGCCAUGACUUCUUUGGCUGUAACACGAGGAGCGCUUGACCCCGAAACUGCACACAUUGUGCCUUAUUCUGAGCUUGUAAAUAGGGGAAAGAUAGAUAUUGAAACAGGCAAACGUUUUUUGGAGGUGAAACCCUUCAGAGGUGUUCAGGAUGCGCAGACGAGAAACAUCUUGACCCUUCCUGAGGCAGUUGCAUCAAAGCAAGUGGACCCAGUUCCAGCAUUGAGGCUGCUUCAAAGUCAGGCAGACAGUGGAGGGAUCAUUGACAUCAGUACUGGAGAAAGGCUCCCCAUAUCUGAAGCCUGUGAAAGAGGUUUAGUUGACAACAAUAUGGCCAGGGUAAUAGCCACCAAACAGUUUUUGAAAGGAGGCUUAGUUGAUCCGGCCACUGAACAACAAAUCUCUAAUCUUGAGGUUGCCAUUGCAAAAGAACUGAUCUCCAGUGACAUAGCCUCCGAGAUUCAGGAGAAAUUGGCUUCUGUGGAAACGGGUGGGGAUGAAGGUAGCGCGACACCUUCUGUUGCCUCAUCAAAUGGCACAUGCAGCCCUGCUGUUAUGUCAGUGUCAAGCCCAGACAGUCCAGCAAACUGGUCAAACGUAAAUUCUGAUGAGCUUUUAAGAUCUCCACUUUCAAAGAAAGAUUUAGAAAUGACACUGGACAAUGAAAAGACAUUGACAUCUGUAGUAUCAGAUCAGUCUUUGUUUUAUGACCCGACGAGAGAAGAGGACAAAAUUGAAGUGUCAGUUGAAGAAAAGGCUGCAGUUGAGCCCGACCAAUCCUUAGACCUCUUGUGUAAGUUUGUGACUAAUGUUGAGAAAAGAGUUCAGGAAGCCAUAGAAGAGAUUGUGCCACAGACAAACAUCUCUAAAUCAGAGCCUCUUCCUCAUCACAAGCCUGAUGAGAGAGUGCACAUGGGUGCAUGUAAGACUGAUUAUUCACAAAAGGGGAACGUUUUCAGAGAUGGUCUGAGAGAAUCCUCUCAGGCACAUGUCCAUGAUGACAAAGAUUUACAGGGUGAGGUCAGAAAAGAAGCGUCAGUUUUAAAGUUGGGUGAAGAACCCGUGAAUAUUGGGAAAAAGGAGUGUAGACCCAGUGAUGAGAGCACGUCAGUGGUUCAUCAUUAUUCUAAAGAUGGAAAGCAGGCAGGUUUUGUGGCAGCAGAGUUUAGAGAUGACAAAAGAAAAGACGGCAUUGAAGGGUCCAAAUUGAGUGAGGUUAAUAGAAAGAGUGAUGUGGCAGCACAGAGAGAUGAUGUUGAAGACAAGAAUCAAGUGGCGAAAGAAAAACCUAGCAAAGACGAGGAGCAGUCAGAUCAGUUGUUGACCUCUCCGCCCAAGGAGACAGAGAGCAAAAGCAAGAAGAAGAGGAAGAAUAAAAGGAAUGGAAAGCACACUGAAGCACAGAGAGAAACACACCUUCCAGAGAUAAAACAAGCAUUUCAAAUUGAGGACAUUGAUGUAGUUACAUCACAACACGAAUACCAGCAAUUGCAGAUUCAAGGUCAGGUAGCUUCCCCAUGGCAUCCCAAAGGAGAAAGUGAAGCAAAGAUUGAUAGGAAUAUUGAGACUCAAAAUGAUUUGGUAAAACAGGGACAGGAAGCAGUUCCAGACACUCUUGCAUCAACAGAGCAUUCCAUUGAGCCAGAGCAAGAUGCAAUAAAAAUUGCUUCAUUGAAGGAUACCGAAAUAGGUGAUAAAAGAGAGAGGAAACGGGAGGAGCAGAAAGAGAAAGUUGAAAAGAAGGAUUCUGUCUCUCAGCGACCAGAACAACCAGACAGCAGUCGGGAAGAAACGAAGAAGAAGGAGCAAGAGUUCCCUCAGAAAUCUGCUCUACCAAAUGACGAGAAAGCGGCUCUGAUACUGAAAGCCAAAGAGAGCAUUCUUAAAAAGGUAUUUGAAAAAAGUGUGAGUGAGAAGCAGGCUGCUGAGGAGCUGCAGACCAUGCGCAAAGAGGUAGGAAAGAAGGGGAGUCGAGGCAAGACUGUAAAGACACAAACUCCUCCAGUUAAAGCUGAUGGCGUGGAGGGUCAUGAUGAUGGUGUCAAGAGACCUAAUGGUUCACCAAAAGAGAGUGGCAAAGAGAUGAGGGCCCAAGAAGAUGAAAUUACAUUGAGAAGGGUCAAAGAAGAUAAGACUGAGAAGAAACUUUCUGUCAAGGAGGACAUGGAGACCAAGGCUUCUUCAAAUGAGAAAGAACAGAAUAGGAGCUUUGGAAAGGAAGAUGUUGAAACGGCUCCGUCGGUCCAACCUAAAGAAACCGAGCAAAGUAAACGUAAAAAGAAGAACAAGAAGAUUAAGAGUCACAGCGUGAGGGACAAAACUGAGCCCGAUACUGAGGAGUUACAGACAGAAAAAGUGGAUUCUGAUGUGACAACAAAAAUUACCGCACAGAUUCAACCAGAUUCAGAUAACUCAGCUUCCACUAAAGAGCAGAAGAUGGACACACAGUCAGCCAGGGCUGUCGUGAGACCUUCAGUUGUUGAAGGGGAGACAUUUGUAAUUAAUGUUAAAGGAGCUGAGACCAGCCAACAAAGUCCAACAUAUUCACAUCAAUCAGAGGAACCCUAUUCUCACAUUGAGGAACACGUCCAACUGGCAGCGGUUGCAUCUGAUGGAAAAGAAGAAUCCCAUUCAGAAACCAGGAAUGCUGCCGAACCCAUUGACGAGGCUGUCGGCUGCAAACCAGACAUCCAACCCACAGCUCAAUCAAUGGCUGCUGGUACGCUACCAGCUAAAACGGCGGGGAAAGGGAAGAAGAAGAGAAGGCACCAACCACCAGAAGUUGAUAGCGCCAAUGUUCCCGAAUCAAAAGACCAACAGCAGCAGCUUGAGUCUCCGGAAUCAGCGCCUUCUCUCUCAGAAGACACCUCGACAGAGUCUGAAUCGUCUGGAGUCCCUGAGUCUGAUACAGCCUCCGAGAGUUGGGGGGAGGGAGAGGACGAUGUCGGAGAUAGUCGAAAAACUGUGUCAAACAAAGAGGCGAGGACAACUUUGACUGGCAAGUCGUCAUUGUUGCGUCAGGAGUGCUUGGAGCACGACCAGCGAAUUGUGGCCCUGCUCUCCAUGGUCAGACACGUUGAGGUCCGACUCAAACAGCAGGAACAGCAGUCUGUCGGCCGGAGCCUCAUCGCCUUGGAUGACAUCAUCAGACAGACUGAGACUCUGGACCUUGAGUUGCGUGACUUGGAGCCCACUGUCCACGAGGAAGUGGAGGCCGCUGAGGAGCUGUUGAAGCCCCAACCCAAAGAUGUUCCUCCGCAGCUCCUAUUGGCCCUGGAGAAGGACGGGCGGAGCUUGGCUCGAGGGUAUGAGGCUGCUACAGCACUUUCUGAGGGCAUUCUGCAAAGUCUACGGGACCAUAGAGACUCAUAUAAGGAGGCGGUGACAGCUGAGCAAAAGUCCCUGGGAGGACAAGUGGAGAGUCUGCUCUCUUGGUUGCGGGAGACAGAGGCUCAGAACGGAGGAAUGGCGGGGAUGGAAAAAAAGGAGAAGGCAGAGAAAGAUGGCCAUGGUGAGCAGCUCUCACAGCAGCUGAAUCUCUGCAAGGAGCUCCAGUCCUCUCUGACGGCUCGCUCCGGUGAGGUUAACAACGCGGCCUUUGACAUCCAGGUGUUCAUCUCGGAGCGGGCCCAGGACCUAGCCCCCGAGCAGAGCCGGCGGCUCCUGGGCCAGCUCCAGCAGCUCCAGAGGGCCUUCCACCUGGCAUCGGGCCAAGCCCAGGCGUGGGCCGACGCCCUCUCCACCCAGAGAGCGAGGGAGGAGGAGCGGCAGCGCACGGAGAGAGUGAUGGAAGAGGAGAAGGACAGAGCAAAGCGGAGUGCAAGGGAGAGAGAGGUGGUUCAACAGCAGAAAGCCGAAUGCUCUCAGAAACUAGAAGGCCUCAAUAUGUGGUUGGCUGGAGCUGCCAGCCUCCUGGCCAGUCAGACAGGUGGAGCAGAGUCAUGUGACUUGAAUGCCUUGCAGGAGAAGCAUAAAAGACUAAAGGAAGCACAGAAGGACCUCCAGAGCAAAGAGGGGGGCAUCGCCGAGACCUUCCGCUCCGUGGAGGAGCUCCUGGCAGACCGGAGCGAGAGUCUGAGCCCAGAGGAUCGGAAGAGCCUUCAGGGGGAGCUAACGAGAAUGAAGGAGCAGUACAGCGCCCUUAAAGACUCAGCAAACACGUCGCUGUCAGAGCUGGACACAGCCAUCAACACCACUGUACAGCAGAACACACAAAAGGCGAAGGCUGUGGAGGAUCUCCAGGAGACCCAGGGUCAGAUAGACUCUCUGCUGAACGAGUUGUCCUCCCUCAACCAACCAGGCAGGAGAGGAGUUGGACCCGGGGUGGACCAAGAUCUCACCGAUAUGCCCUUCUCACAGCCAGAGGGCGCUGUGAUGUCAUACACAGAGACGCUGCAGGCGGAGCUUCAGCAGCUCCAGUCUCAACAGGCCCAGCUGCUGCAGAUCGCCCAGUCGACCCGCUCCCUUCUGGACCAGCCGGACUCCACUGUGCCUCCUGAAGAGAAGCAGCGUCUCCGGGCCGCCCUGGACCAGCUGCAGGCCCAGCACCAGCACCGGCUGCAGAGCUGCCAGGACCGUCUGAGGAAGUCUGAGGCUCUGACGGAUGAGCUGACAAAGUUCCUCCAAGAACAUGGAAGUUUAGGUGCCUGGCUGGAACAAAAUGAACAGGAACUGCGUUCCCUGGGGGAAGGAGAAACCGAUGCACAGGGACUGAAGGGCAGACUGGACGAGCACAGAAAGCUGGCUGAGGAUGUAAUUUGCCACAAGGCGGACCUGCGCUUUGUUUCCAUCUCGGGUCAGAAGGUUCUGGACUCUGUCCAAGGAGCUCUGGAGCAAGUCAGCGGUUCAGACCCAGACCUGGACAGCACCAAGCAGCUGGUAACGGACAAGCUGCAGGAUGCCAACCACAGAUACACAACCCUACACACCAAGUCGACAGAGUUGGGCGGCCGCUUGUCCGGCCUGUUGGAGCGGUACCAGCAGUACCAGGAUGAGGUUGUCUCCGUCCACUCUUGGCUCAGCGCUCAGGAACAGAACCAAAGCAUAGCCAAGCCCAGCGGUGAGACGGACCCCCAGAACCUGCAGGACACACUACGACGAGUACAGCUGCUGCAGGACGAGCUGGCCGAGCGUUCGGUGCAGCUGGAGAAGGUGAAGAGAGCAGGAAGAGAUCUGGUCAGCACGGACGAGUCUCCUUCCCUGAAAGCUGUUGACAUCCUCUGUGCUGCAGAUGGAUUAGAAAAGAGGUUUGGCUCCCUCUCUGCGUCCGUGUCGGAACGGGCCGAGCAGCUGCAGACGGCCGUGGCCCAGUCGGUCAGCGUCCAGGAGGGCCUUAAGGGUCUGCUGAGCUGGCUCGACAAGCUGGUUCUGAAUCCUGGACCGGUCGAGCCCACCGCACAGGCCGUACAAGACGCCCUGACACAGAACCAGAAACUUCGCCAGGAGCUGCUGUCCAGGCAGGGCAGCGUGGAGGCAACGCGAGAGUCCGUUUCCAAACUCCUCCAGAGCUCCGACGCCUCCACGGCCUCCGGCCUCCAGGGUGCUUUGGAUGAUCUAACUGAGCGCUACGCCGCAGCACAGGCUAGCCAGGCCGAGAGGGAGGCUGAGCUCAAAGGGCUGUUGCCCAGGCUGGAGGGCUACGAGCGGCUGGGGGCCGAUCUCCGGACCUUCACCCAGAGCCGACUGAAGGCUCUGAGCCCGGCGGGCCAGCCGGACCGCAGCGUGGACGACUACAGGCAGACCAUUGAGGAGGUCAGGUCUGAGCUGGAGCAGGAAGCCGGCCAGCUGAAGUCCUUCUGCAACCUCGGCACCGAGCUCAGCCAAUCGAAAGCUUUCAACAACACCCGAAGCUUAUUGGAGAAUGUUAAAGGGACGUCUGAUGAGUUCACCCAGCUGGAAGCCAAUGUCAGCAGAAGGUUUGCUGCGAUCCAGUCCUGCGAGCAGCAGCUGCUCCAGUUCCGCGGGCUCUCUGGCUCCCUCUCCAGGUGGCUUCAGACGGCGCAGGACCAGCUGCCGUCCACAGAGGCCAACCUCAACACGGAGAGCCUGCAGAGGAGAGUACAGCAGCUCAAGGACUUGUUGAAUGACUGGGAGUCUCAGGGAUCAAGGGUUCAGGAGCUGAGCCAGACGGGCUCAGAGCUGGAGUCCCUCAUCAUCGACGUCACCGCUCCUCAGACCAAAACUGGUGCUCCUCACAUCAAUGGCUCAUCAGGUCCCAGCAGUGUCAAUGGCAUUCACACCUGUAAAGACCUGACGGAGCUCCAGGUAGCCGUGUCCGACGUGAACGCUCGAUACGAGACGCUGGGCGGGGGGCUGAAGGAGCGUCUUGGCAGCCAGAACACCUCACUGGAGCUGAGGCAGAAGGCCAGGCAGGGCACCGACGAGCUCAAGAGCUGGCUGACGGACAGAGAGCACAGCCUGAAGCAGGGACAGACCGCCUCCCCCUCCAAGCCUGAGGCGGUACGCGCCCAGGCCCAGGAGAACAAGGCCCUGCUUUCAGAGCUGGCCGAGCACUCUGGGCAGGUGGAGGAGCUGAAGAGCACGCUGAGGAAGCUGAUUGCUGACAAUCCUGAUUCUCCUGAGGCAGACAGCUGGAGACAGCAGCUGCAAGAGAUCGACUCCCGCUGGCAGACGGCCAAUCAGACCGCGGCCCAGAGGCAGACGGAGCUGGAGACGUGUGCCGACCGGCUGGGCAGCUUUGCCUCGGCGGCGGCUCAGCUGGGCCCGUGGCUGAGGGAGAAGGAGCUGAUGAUGAGCGUGCUGGGACCGCUGAGCAUCGACCCCAACAUGCUCACCACGCAGAAGCAACAAGCACAGUUCAUGCUGCGAGAGUUUGAGACCAGGCGGCCACAGUUUGACCAGCUGACCCAGUCCUCCGAGGGGAUCCUCUCCCAGACCGGCGACUCUGCUCAUGGUCCCAAGGACCUGGCGGAGGUGCGGGCGGAGCUGGGCUCCAUCACCCAGCAGUGGGAGGACCUCACAAACCGACUCACCCAGAGAUCGAACCACAUUGACCAGGCCCAUGGAACCAGUGGGAGUUACCAGGCCUUGCUCCGAGAGCUCUCCUCCAGCGUUUCUGCUCUGGCCGAGAGGCUGGACAGUCAGGCCUCGCUGAGCGCCCAGCCCGAGGCGCUGAAACGCCGCCUGCAGGAAACCGGAGAGAUCCGCUCGGAGCUGGAGAGACGGCGCACCGAGCUGGCCGAGGCCGAGCGGCUCUGCGAGGAGCUGAGCGGCAUCGUGGCCGAACCGUACCUGAAGGAAGAACUGAGUAAAACGACUGAGAGCGUCAGCGGGCCGCUGAAGAACUUGAGGAGCGCGCAGGUUUCCGACAGCCUGUCUCAGCUCCAGGCCGCCCUGUCGUCCACCCAGCAGUUCGAGCAGAUGUUCGAGGAGUUGCGCUCCUGGCUCGACAAGCGGGCCGAUCCCCGAGAGGCCCGAGCCGACUCCCUGCCCUGCCAGCCGGAGGCCGUUCGCUCCCUGAUGGCGCAGACAGGCGACCUCCAGCGGGCGGUCGCCAGCCAGCGGGGUUCCUACGAGCUGACAGCCGAGGGGGCGUCGCUGCUCGCCACCCUCCCCGCGGGCGGAGACGAGCGGUCCGCCCUGCAGUCCCGCCUGGCCUCCCUGAAGCAGGACUGGAACGGGCUGAACCAGGGGAUCUCGGAGCGAGAGAGUAGACUGAAGACCACACUGGGCAAAGCGGAGUCAUACCAGCAGCACAAGGCCGAGCUGAUACCGUGGUUAGCGGAGUGUGACCAGAAGGACGGGGAGAUCCAGCCGUCGCUGGACUCUGCUGCCCUGGACGAAGCCUUGCAGAAGGCCCGGGGGUCUGGUACUGGACCUCGAAAGACGACAACCUCUACUCGAGGCCUUCCAAUACUGCAGCAGAUCAGCUGCUGGAACAAUGCUGCAAUCGGGGAGGAGGAGGUACGAGAUGAGAAAGCCCAGCUGAACCGCAGGGUGGACGGACUGGGCGAGAGGCUCCACAACCGCACCUCCCAGCUGGAGGAGCUGGCCGGCCGCCUGAAGGAGUUUGAAGAGGGGCGGCAGGCUGCAGAAAGGAGGCUGGAGGCCGCCAAGCACCAGAUCGAAGUCCAGGAGGCUCUGGGACCACAGGCAUGCAGUGCGAAGAGCCUGGAGCGGCUGAGAAGUCAGCAGGAGAGUCUGAGGUCCCUAAAGCCUCAGGUGGUCUACCUCAGACACCUGGCCCAGGGGCUGGUCCAGGAUGCGCCACAGACACUGGGAGGCAGCACCGAUGGGGCACAGAUGCUUCAGGAGCAUGCCAGAGACACAGAGAAAGUGUAUGAGGGAGUAACUGACAAGAUCGAGCAGUGCUGCUCCUCCCUGGAGUCCCGGCUUCAGGGCGUCGGCGAGGUUCAGUCCCACGUACGCGACGUCUUCUCGCGCAUCGCCGACCUCGAUGACGAGCUGGACUCCCUCAGCCCCGUCGGACGCGACGCCGACUCGCUGGCCUCUCAGGCCGAUGCCCUAAAGGGCUUCCUGUCCCGUCUGGCCGACCUCCGGUCGGAGCUCGAGGGUCACACGUCAGACUGCACCACCAUGCUGCGGCGGGAGGGCUCCUCCCCCGACCUCCUGGCUCUCAGGAGAGAGUCAGAGGCGCUGAGCCGCCAGGCGGGCAAGCUGAGCGAGCGCGGCCAGGCCAGGUUGGACCAGAUCGAGGACACGGCCGAGAAGGUCCGGGAGUUCUACCGGCUGGUGUCCGAGCUGCAAGGCCUGCUGGGAAAGGCCGAAGACGGGCUGAACGCUCAGGGCAUGGUCGGCACAGAGGUGGAGAUGGUCAAACAGCAGCUGCAAGAAUUUAAGGCCGUGGAGAGAGAGCAGGUGGACAGCAUCCAGCCGAGGCUGCAGCACAUCAACGCAGUGGGUCAGGGCUUAAUCCAGAGCGCCGGCAAGCACACCGACACCCAGGCACUGGAGCACGACCUGGAGACCACCAACCUUCGAUGGAACUCACUCAACAAGCGGGUGGCAGAGCGCAUCGCCCAGCUGCAGGAGGCCCUGUUGCAUUGUGGGAAGUUUCAGGAUGCUCUGGAGCCUCUGCUGAGCUGGCUGAGCGACACCGAGGAGCUGGUGGCCAAUCAGAAACCCCCGUCAGCCGAGUACCGUGUGGUCAAGGCCCAGAUCCAAGAGCAAAAGCUGCUCCAGAGGUUGCUAGAUGACCGCCGGCCCACGGUGGAGAUGAUCCGCGCCGAGGGCGAGAGGAUCGCAGCCACGGCCGACACUUCGGACCGAGAGAAGAUUCAAACCCAGCUCCAGAGUCUGGCAGAGAGAUGGACCGACCUGCUGGACAAGGCCAGCGGCAGGCAGCGGCAGUUGGAGGAGCUGCAGGUUCUGGCUCUUCAGUUCCACGAAGCCCUGGAGCCACUGGGAGAAUGGCUCAGUGCCACCGAGAGACGCCUGGGCUCCGCCGAGCCCAUGGGAACCCAGACGGCCAAGAUCACCCAGCAGAUCACCAAGCACAAGGCGGUCCAAGAGGACGUGUCCUCGCGCCAAGCCGAGGUCGACCGCCUCGAGUCUCUUAGCCAAUCGCUGACACCGCUCAGCUGCGCGGCCGACUGCGAUUGGCUGAGCGAGCGAGUGGGGGCCUUGAGGUCGGGUCACUCGGAGCUCACCGAUUGGUGCUCCCGACGGGCAGGCAUGCUGGAGCAGGCACUGGCUAACGCCCAGUUGUUUGGGGAGGAGGAGGUAGAGGUGCUGAACUGGCUGGCUGAGGUGGCUCAGAGGCUGGGUCAGGUCUCCGUCAACAGCUACCAGCAUCAGCUGCUGGCCGAGCAGCACAAACACGCCCUGUCUCUAAAUGAAGAGAUUGUGAGCAGGAAGAAGACCGUGGACCAGGCCAUCAAGAAUGGACAAGCCUUACUAAAGCAGACCACAGGCGAGGAGGUCCUCCUGAUCCAGGAGAAGCUGGAUGGCAUCAAGACCCGCUACGCCGAGAUGACGGCCGGCAGCAGCAAGGCCCUCCGCACCCUGGAGCAGGCCCUGCAGCUGGCCACGCGAUUCGCCAGCGCCCACGACGACCUAAACCAAUGGCUGGACGGUGUUGAGGCGGAGCUCAGCAAUGUGGAGCCCGACGCCACGCCCGCCUACCAAGACAGACAGAAGGAGCUGAAGAAAGUGUCGGCGGAGAAGCGCUUGGUGUUGGACACGGUGAACGAGGUGGGCAACGCCCUGCUGGAUCUGGUGCCGUGGCGGGCCCGCGAGGGCCUGGACCGCCUGGUCGCCGAUGCCAACCAGCGCUACCGCCAGUCUGCCGAAACCAUCACUCAGCGAGUGCAGCUGGUACAAGCUGCCAUCCAGAGGUCACAACAGUACGAGGAAGCAGUGGAUGCGGAACUGGCCUGGGUCAGGGAGACGGAGCGCAAGUUGGCGUCUCUGGGGCCGCUGAGCCUGGAGCCGGACGUGACUGUGGCCCAGAUGCAAGUGCAGCGGGCCUUCAACAUCGACAUCAUCCGACACAAAGACACCGUGGAUCAGCUGCUCGGCUCCAGAGACGACAUCAUGGAGACGUGCAGCAACGCCCAGAAGGACGCACUGAUAGUGAAGACGGAUUCCCUCAGUGCUCGUUACGACGCGGUGAGCCAGAGACACAGUGAGCGCUUCUCGGCCCUGGAGCAGGCCCAGGUUUUGGUCGCUCGAUUCUGGGAGACCUACGAAGAAUUGGAGCCGUGGUUGGUCGAGACCGAAUCCCUCAUCCCCCAGCUGCCACCGCCGGCCAUCGACACGGACGCUCUGCGACUGCAGCAGGACCAGAUGAGGCUGCUCAGGGAGUCCAUCGCAGAGCACAAGCCCCACAUCGACAAGCUGCUGAAGAUCGGGCCCCAGCUGGCCGAGCUCAGCCUCCAGGAGGGGGCCGCGGUGACGCAGCGCUACACCGAGGCCGGAAGGCGCUACCUGGCCAUCAAAGAGGGGGUCAAAGGUCGUGCAACGACCUUAGACGAGGCUGUGUCCCAGUCUGCACAGCUGUUAGAGUUUCACGACAAGAUGGACCCCCUGUUGGAGACCCUGGAGGGGGCGGCCCAGCGGCUGCGACAGCCUCCCCCCGUGGCCGCGGAGGUGGAGAAGAUCAGGGAGCAGCUGGCGGAGCACCGAGCCCAGGGGCUGGAGCUGGACAAACUGCUGCCGAGCUUCUCCGCCCUCUGCGCCCGCGGAGAGGAGCUCAUCGGGCGAGCUGCUCACGACGACCCGGCGGCUCAGGCCGUUCGGACCCGCCUCCUGCGCCUGCGCUCCCUGUGGGAUGAGAUCCGGCAGCGGGCCGAGGAGCGGGAGGGGAAGCUCAACGACGUCUUGGACCUGGCCGGGAAGUUCUGGGCCGACGUGGCGGCGCUGCUGAGCACGCUGCGAGACUCCCAGGACAUCGUGAAAGAGCUGGAGGACCCCGGCGUGGACCCUUCACUCAUCAAACAACAGAUUGAGGCUGCUGAGGCUAUUAAGGCCGAGACAGACGGCCUGAGGGAGGAGCUGGAGUUUGUCAGGACCCUCGGAGCCGACCUCAUCUUUGCCUGUGGAGAAACUGAGAAACCUGAAGUCAAGAAGACCAUCGAUGAGAUGAACGCUGCCUGGGAGGGCCUGAACCGGACGUGGAGAGAGAGGAUGGAGAGACUUGAGGAGGCCAUGACGGCGUCCGUGCAGUAUCAGGACGCACUGCAGUCUAUGUUUGACUACCUGGACAAUGCAGUGAUCAAGCUGUGCGAAAUGUCACCUGUGGGAACUGAUCUGGGAACUGUCAAACAGCAGAUUGAAGAGCUUAAGCAGUACAAGGUGGAGGUCUACCAGCAGCAGAUUGACAUGGAGAAGCUCUGCCACCAGGGGGAGCUGCUGCUGAAGAAGGUGUCAGACCAUACUGACCGGGACAUGAUCCAGGAGCCACUGAUUGAGCUUCGACACCUCUGGGAAAACCUGGGUGAUAAAAUUACCCACAGACAGCACAAGCUUGAGGGCGCCCUGCUGGCCCUGGGUCAGUUCCAGCAUGCCCUGUCUGAGGUGCAGGCCUGGCUCAACCACACACACACCACUCUGGACACACAGCGACCAGUAGCCUGACCCCAAGCUAUCGAAAUCGAGCUGGCUAAACACCACGUUUUGCGUAACGACGUUCUAUCCCAUCACGCCACCGUGGAGAACGUGAACGGUGCGGGCGCCGAGCUGCUGGAGUCCUCUCCCGGCGACGAGGCCAGCCACCUGAGGGACCAGCUGGACCAUCUCAACCAGGGCUGGGAGAGCCUUCUGCUCAAGACCCAAGAGCGGCAGAAGCUACUGGAGGCCGCCCUGCAGCAGGCUGAAGGUUUCCAUGGCGAGUUGGAGGAGUUCCUUCAGUGGCUGAGGAGGACGGACAGCCAGCUGUCCGCCGCCAAGCCAACAGGCGGCCUGCCCGAAACGGCCAGGGAGCAGCUCCAGCAACACCUGGAGCUUCAGGCCCAGCUGUCCAGCGCGGACCAGUACCACCGUCUGCUGGAUCAAGGAGAGUCCAUGCUGCUGGCUCGCGGAGGAGAAGAAGCAGGACCCGGUACCACCCAGACCCAGCAGAACCUGGCCAUGCUGCAGAACAAGUGGGCCAGCUUUAACACCAAGAUGGAUGACCGCAAGGCAAAGCUGGAAGAGGCCGUUUCCUUGGCCACAGGUUUCCAGACGUCUCUGCAGGACACCAUCAACUGGCUGACCCAGGCUGAGCAGACCCUGAACAUGGCCCAGCCCCGCCUCAUACUGGACACUGUCCUCUUCCAGAUCGAUGAGCACAAGGUAUUUGUGAACGAGGUGAACACCCACAGAGAGCAGGUCCUGGCUCUGGAGAAGGCCGGCUCGCAGCUCCGCUUUGCCAGCCUGAAGCAGGACGUUGUUCUCAUCAAGAACCUGCUGCUUAGCGUCCAGGCCCGCUGGGACAAGCUGGUCCAGAGGUCACUGGACCGCGGGCGACACCUCGAUGAGGCCCGCAAGCGUGCCAAACAGUUCCACGAGGCCUGGAGGAAGCUAACAGACUGGCUAGAAGAGGCUGAGAAAAGACUGGACUCCGAGCUGGAGAUCUCAAACGAGCCGGACAAGAUCAAAGUACAACUGGCCAAACACAAGGAGUUCCAGAAAGCUUUGGGGUCAAAGCAGCCGGUUUACGACACGACCGUGAGGUCCGGGAGGGCCAUGAGGGACAAGGCUCAGCUGCCGGCAGACACCCAGAAGAUGGACCACCUGGUGGGAGAGGUCCGCGACAAGUGGGACACCGUGUGUGGCAAGAGCGUAGAGAGACAACACAAGCUGGAGGAGGCUCUGCUGUUCUCCGGACAGUUUGCAGAGGCUCUCCAGGCCCUGGUGGACUGGUUGUACCGGGUAGAGCCCCAGCUGGCUGAAGACCUGCCCGUUCACGGAGAUCUGGAUCUGGUGUCCAACCUCAUGGACUCGCAUAAGGCUUUCCAAAAAGAGCUGGGCAAGAGAACCAGCAGCGUUCAGGCUCUGAAGCGCUCGGCUCGGGAGCUGAUGGAUACCGGCCGCGAUGACACGGCGUGGGUCAAAGUUCAGGUUCAGGAGCUCAGCAACCGCUGGGAUACAGUGUGCGCUCUGUCGGUCACGAAGCAAACCCGCCUCCAGCAGGCCCUCAAGCAGGCGGAGGAGUUUCGCACCGCGAUACAGGUCCUUCUGGAGUGGCUCUCCGAGGCCGAGCAGACGCUGCGUUUCCGCGGCGUCCUCCCCGAAGAGGCCGAGACUCUGCAGGCGCUGCUGCACACGCAUCGCGACUUCAUGGGCACCGUGGAGGAGAAGAGGACGGACGUCAACAAGGCUGCCGGAAUGGGAGAAGGCAUCCUGACUGUUUGUCACCUCGACUCCAUCACCACCAUCAAGCACUGGAUCACCAUCAUCAGGGCACGCUUCGAGGAGGUGCUGACGUGGGCCAAACAGCACGAGCAGCGGCUGGAGACGGCUCUGACCGAGGUGCUCAACAACGCCAACCUGCUAGAGGAGCUGCUGUCAUGGCUCCAGUUCGCUGAGACCACAUUGGUCCAGAAGGACACAGAGCCGCUUCCUCAGGACAUCCCACAACUCAAAACCCUCAUCACAGAACACCAGAUGUUUAUGGAGGAGAUGACGAGGAAGCAGCCGGACGUUGACAAAGUGACGAAGACCUACAAGAGGAAACCAGCUGAGCCUCCCAGCAGCCUGGCUGAGAGGAGAGGAGCCCGCAAACACCAGCAGCAGCAGCAGCAGGCCACCAUGCAGCUCUCAGGAGGAAACCCAAGACUCAACCAGCUCUGUGCCAGGUGGCAGCAAGUUUGGCUGCUGGCUCUCGACCGCCAGCGCAAACUCAACGACGGUCUGGACCGACUGGAAGAGCUCAAGGAGUUUGCCAACUUUGACUUUGAUGUGUGGAGGAAGAAGUACAUGCGCUGGAUGAACCACAAGAAGUCUCGCGUCAUGGACUUCUUCAGACGCAUCGACAAGGACCAGGAUGGAAAGAUCACAAGGCAGGAGUUCAUCGACGGCAUCCUGGCAUCAAAGUUCCCCACCAGUAAGCUGGAGAUGACAGCCGUGGCAGACAUCUUUGACAGAGACGGAGAUGGUUACAUCGAUUACUACGAGUUUGUUGCUGCGCUGCACCCCAACAAGGACGCCUACAGACCCACCACCGACGCCGACAAGAUAGAGGACGAGGUGACUCGGCAGGUGGCCCAGUGUAAAUGUGCCAAGAGGUUCCAAGUGGAGCAGAUCGGAGAGAACAAAUACCGGUUCGGUGACUCUCAGCAGCUGCGUCUGGUGAGGAUUCUGCGCAGCACGGUGAUGGUGAGAGUCGGAGGUGGCUGGAUGGCUCUGGAUGAGUUCCUGGUCAAAAACGAUCCAUGCCGAGCUCGCGGCCGCACCAACCUGGAGCUGAGGGAGAAGUUCAUCCUCCCCGAAGGAGCGUCUCAGGGCUUGGCCGCCUUCCGCUCCCGAGGUCGACGCUCCAAACCGGGCUCCCGCAACGCCUCGCCCACCCGCUCCUCCUCCUCGGCCUCCCACAGCGGCGCCUCCCUCGCCUCCGCUCCCUCCACCCCCGCCACGCCGACGGCCUCCGCAUCGUCCAGGGGGGCGACGUCGGGGUCCAAACUGAAGAGGCCCACGUUCCACUCGAGCCGAGGCUCGCUGACCGGAGAGAACGGAGGAACGACGCACUCCUGCAAACCGUCACGAAGCGAUCCGAAGCGAGGGGCGUCCACGGCCAGCGGGCCGACCAGCCGAGCCGGCAGCCGGGCGGGCAGCAGAGCCGGCAGUCGGCGUGGCAGCGAUGCCUCGGACGCAUCCGAGCUCCAGGACGCUCGCUCCGUCUGCUCCGACGCCUCGGACACCCCGCGGCGACCCGGGGCCAAACCCUCCAAGAUUCCCACCAUCUCCAAAAAGGCCCCCAGCCCAAAGAACCCGGGAUCUGCGAAAAAAUAACUCCAGGCACAGAGAAGCUGGAGCAGAAGCGUGACCAUUGGCUGUGUGGAGUUUUGACACUACGAUGGAUGUUUUCAGGGGAAAGGAGGAGAUGGACAGGAUGAGUGAAUCUCCUUCUCACUCUUUCCCCGGUCUCAUAAACGGACUGAAAAACUGCACAAGAGGAGUAGAGUUCUGGUCCGGCAGUCCGGGCCAGAAUCCGUGGGGUCGAACUGGACUUUUCCCCUUUUAAGAAGCGACCCCGUUUUGCCUUCCAGUCUCCUGCUGCGUCUUUCUAAAGCUCCCCACCAGCGUGGAGCCGACACAGAGCGGCCGUGACGUGAUGCUGCCUUACUCGUCCGCUCCUGUCCGGAUCGGACAGAGCGACCGCUUUAUACCACAGUGACACACAAGUACACACAGCGAGCGGGCCGCGCCACCUCCACCACCAACAGCAUACCAAAACUAAACACACAAAAAUGACAUUCAAGAAAUAACAAAGAAGAAAGAGUUGCGGCUCAUUAUUUUUGCCUGUGGGCCAGAUGCCUCAGCGAUGGGUUUAAACAGAAAAUAUGCAACGACCGCCAUGUCGCUUCCUCUGGACCGGUUGGCGAGAAAAAGCAGUCACCUCAGCAGAUCUGCUAAAAGCAGCUCCCAUGCAGGAGGCGGGAGACGAUGUCCGACACACACACACACACACACACACACACACACAGACACACGCACAUACACACACACCGGCUAAACUUAGACUCUGAGGGUCGGUGGUGGUGGUGGUGGUGCUGCAGCUGAGGACAAACACUCACACUGAAACACCGCACAGCAGACUCCUCCCGACCGCUGGGACGCUACAAUCAGCCUCGUGUGCAUUUCAGAGAAGGACGGUGUGGUUUUGUCGUAACAACCCCAACACACGGAAAUCACCAACCGGCAGCACAUUACAGACAAUAUGCGACACGUGAAACCUAACCCGCUGUUCGACAACCAGCAUGCACUAAUUGUCUCUUCCUCUGCAGUGCCACCUUAAUGUCUACGCUGCGUUGCCCUUUACACACAAACACACACACUCUGAAACACACAAGGUGGGGUGUAUUACGUGUGUCAUUGUUACAGGAAAUGAGAGAGGUGGUUGACUUGAGUCACUGUAUGCAAAAAAUGAAUUCUUUGCAAAUGUGAUUUUUGUUUUUCUUCUCGUUUUGUUCUGGUAAUUUAUAAUCCAGUUGUACUUUUGUUAUUUAGCUUGAAAGAAAAAUCUAUUUAUUUUUCAGUGUCAUAUCACCUUUCGCGGAGUGAACUAGUAUUAUGGUUAAAGAAAUGUAGUUUUUUUUUUGUACCAAGGAUAAACGUCCGCUCGGCUCUUUAACAUUACUUGUGUGUGUGUUUCUACUUCAUUGUAACUUUACAUUACUCACUCGGUCGCUGUCUCUGCUGGCAGCCUUGUUUGUUCAUUUUUCUUUUUCUUUUUUGCUAAUGACUACAAUUCCCAGACCAUGACCAAAGGGGUUUGCCCUUCAUAUGUAGAGAGAACUACAAAUUUGAAUGACAGGGAGACCGGGAUGCAGCGGACCAAUGAGAGCAGGUUUCCUCCCUCAUGUCCCUCCCCAGCGUCUCUUCUUCUAGGCUUUUUUUCAAAUGCCCGUCAUUGACGGGACCGAGUUGUUUCUGUUAUCUCAGUCUGAGAGAUGAAGUUUAUGAAAAACGAAUGAAAUUACAGUAAGAAAGAAGACAUCUUAAGGUGAUUUUUAUUUAUUUAUUGUCUCUGAGGGGAGGGAUUCGUGACGAGUCCUCCGCCUUUUGAUGCUGUGCUACUCUGUGAUGACGAGGACAUGGAGAGAGGGGUUACUAGGAGUCAAUGGUGUACAAGUAAAACAAAAAACUAAAAUUAUAAACAGUUUUUGUUCUGUUUUUGUAUUAAAAAAUAUGCUUGCAGUAAA